ACGCGUCACGACACAGAGCCUCGAGGAAGAGCACCGACCGCACCGAAGCAGCAACGAAGCACGAAACCACCAGAUCUGCUGUUGUUGUUGCCUUAUGUGAUCAUUGUCACGGUCCCGACGAACCAACCUACCGUACUACUAGCUACCUGUACCAGCCAGAAGCAGCAUUGUACAAGAUGCCGAAACGGGAAAAUGAGAAUUCUCAAAUGAGACGGGAAGACUACGAGGCCUUGAAUGCCCGUCGCGGUGGAGGAGACGACGACGGCACGUUCACACAAGGAUUUGAAAAGGCGACACCGGAAGUCGCCAAGAAGAGACGCAUGCUCAGAGUGAGGCGCCCCGCAUCGCAAAGCAAAGUGGCUGCUGCUGCGGCGACUCCUGCUGCGGCUACUCCUGCGAGUUCUUCCAACCCCUUUGCUUCGGUCAGCUUGACGGGAGGAGCUCCUGCGCCAGGAGCAUUUUCAUUCACUGCAGGAAGCAGCAGCCAAAAUCCGGCACCGUCAACUGGAGUAUCAUUCAGUUUUGGAAGCGGCAGUACUCCAGCUCCUGCUCCCAGCAAGGGAGUGUCCUUUAGCUUUGGAGGCUCCACUCCAGCGACAACCAGCGCUACGACACCUGCGGCAAGCAUCGGCUUUCCAUUUUCGGGAACACCCGCCCCAGCAGCCAAUAUGGCCUCGACGGCAGGAGCCACUCCCGCUCCUUUUGGGUUUGGUAAAAAGAGCUCUACCCCCAUCAGUGGUCAAAAAAAACUUGUCAAGCGCUACCAGGAUCAAGCUUGUGCUUUUAUAGACUCAUUUGGCAAACAAUGCAAAGAAAUCAACCCACAAACCACUUAUAUGUUGCCCAUUGUGGAUCAUGUUUUGGACGCUCUUUACGUGGUUGAAGAUCAGUAUUGGAAACACUGCAAAAAGGAGGAAGACGACAAAUCACCAGCCACCGCCAGCAAAGAUGCCAUCAAAUCCACGGCGGGCGCCACUCCUGCUCCUUUUGGGUUUGGAGCAAAAAGCUCAUCUUCCUCCCCGUCCACAACAGCCGCUUCUCCUGCUCCAAAUCUCUUUGGCAACCCAGCACCCGCUCCAUCUGCUCCAAAGGGAUUCGGGUUUGGUUCGACGAAUGUCCCCAAUACAGGUAUGACCCCUGGAUCGUCCUUUUCCUUUGCGGGUGGCACGGCGUUUGGUGGAGGAACCCCUGCUCCUGCGCCAAGCUCUGGAGCAAACGAAGCUGGUGACGCCCCAGCCGAUGAAAUUAUAAAAGCUGCGUCGGGCGAUGCCGAUAAGGACUACAAGCUCCUUGAAACAAUUCCGAUGCUGCAUGUAACUACCAAGGGGAAAGACGGAAAAUUUGAAAAGAAAUUCUCGGGGGAAUUGAAAAUUCAAGAACACAAAGAAAACCAAAAGAGGCGCAUGAUCAUGCGAGACCAAGCAGUUGGCAAAGUGAUGCUCAAUUUGGCGUUGCCAGAGUGGAUGGCAUUCCAGUCUACCCCCUUCAAAAAAAUGCCCAGCACUCUAACACAAGCAGCCAUUUUCCCAGGGCAGAUCACCGUGGAGCAAGAAGCUGGGUUGAUCAGGUUGGUACGUCGAGGGCCCCAGACGCUCAAGUCGCUUGAGGAUGUCUUUACAGGAUUGGGAGUAGCAAAGAAAGGCUAGUGGCAAGCGUGUUGGGUCCAACAGAUGGAGUGGGUUUAUGAUUAUAGCGAUCUUUCAAUUGACCCCUGCAAAUGCCAGACGAUGUAGUGGUGUCGGGCUUCCUGCUCUAGCGAUCUAAUAAGGAGCCAUAGUGACAAUGCAUUACGGUUUUUGCUUUAAUUUCAACAUCUUUUGUUUUG